AAAGCAUCGGGUUCAUUAGCCAAUAUUUCACACAAUUACACAUAAUGUCUCCGAUAUUGUUAAAACUCCUCGCUUUGCUACUGAUUGUGUUGGUAGAAAUAGAACAAAGUUUUGGCCAACAAACUAUCUGCGGCCCCUACCUGGACAUGGUGCUCAGUGAAACAUGCACAAAUGGCUUCAAUACCAGAUUCAAGAAGUCAAUGGAAUGGAAUGAACAAGACAACGGUGACUUGGACGAUGAGCUGCCCUUCCCUUAUGCAGGCUUCCCUUUCCUGGCGAAGAUUCAUGGCGGUCAUGUGAAUGCCAUGGCCAAGAGUCGUUACCGCCGGGGCAUAUACGACGAAUGUUGUCUCAAGCAGUGCACACUAAAAGAAAUAUCCUCCUUCUGCAAGUAAAACUUUGCGCUCUCAGCAACAAAUGAAUUACAUUGUAUCUGCGAAAGCUGAAGGUUGAAUGCUUAAAGCAUCCCCCCAAAUUAUUACUUUUACCGAAGGUAGAUGAAAGAUGGCGACUAACAAUUGGUGAUACUAUACAUAUGAAGAAUUGA